AGCGGUGCCUACGUUAGUACGCUAUGACGAGUCAGUCGGUGCCGGCUGGCCGUGUCACGUCAGCGUACGCCAUAUUUCGAAUCGCCAGUUUCGCGCCGGACGUUUCGAGCGGCGUUUCGGUUCCCGACUGAUGUUUGACAUUUGACGUUUCACGCGCGCCAAAUUCGUGUCCCGAGUACGGCGAUGCGUCGCCGAUAAUCGUCGAGAAAAAAAAUCGAUUGCGCACCGCAACCGAUCAUAUUGAAUCAUCGUGAUCGCGAGGUUGUGCGGUUCUCUAAAAUCGUUCGUAGGAGCCUGGGUAUACAAUCAAGACUGUUGGUGUGUACGUAACAAAAAAAAGAAAAAAAAAGAAAAAUGUCCGAGUACUGUGAAUAUAUGUGGUGUGAUCCCGCACGUGGACACAAUAGCGUCGCCUUGGCACGUAGCAUUUACGAGGAGGGAGGCAGGUUCGAUAAGCGUGACAAGAAGCUAGCCAUUAAGACUGUCAGAGCCAUACUUCGACAAAUGCCGGAUAUAGACUUGGGGUGUUGCACGGACGAAUAUAUUACCCGCUUCCUACUGGCCCGGAAGUAUCGUACCGAGCAGGCGGCUGCUCUGAUAGUCGCUUAUCAGGCGCAAAUAACGCACCGCCAAGAUAUCUUCGGCAACCUCACUGCUCGAGAUCCCGCCUUGCAACGUGCGCUUCGCGCUGGUGUACCAGGUGUUUUGCCCGCACGAGACAGGAAAGGCAGAUGCGUGCUAAUUAUUUUAGCAUCGCAAUGGGAUCCCAUAGCCGUGCCCGCAUUAUCCGUUCAACGAGCUAUCUUCUUAGUUCUGGAAAUACUUAUUCAGGAUCCACGAAAUCAGCAAUCUGGUUUCGUCGCUGUGGUAGACUGGGGCGGAUUCUCAUUACGACAGGGUAGCGCAUUGGGCGCAGCGGCUUUACGAAACCUAAUAGCUGCUCUACGUGGGCGAUUUCCUGCCCGAUUCAAAGCGAUACACUUCCUUUCGGCGCCCCUGUACGUCCAAGCGACUCUCGCUCUGGUGAAGCCAUUUCUGGAUGAGAAGACGCGGAAUAAGAUCUAUCUGCACGGCAACAAUCUCAGCACGCUCCACGAGCAUCUGCCAACGGACAUCUUGCCGGCAGAGCUCGGUGGAACGGGACCAGCCUUCAACCCGGGAUUAUGGGCCGAGCCGGUCAUCCACUCGGCGAUGAAAGAGGCCGAGCUCGCCGCCGCGGCCGCCAAAAAGGGAAAAGAGCAGCUCGCCGAGCAGAGUACGUGCGUGCAAAAACCGACCACCGGAUCGAAAACCGCAAACGGAAACCCUCGGGGGAGCGACGACUCGACCGUAUUGACGAACGCGGAUAAAACGUUCCUGAACAAUUCCGCGAAGCAUAAGCUAUCUCCCGUGAAUAAGACACAAAUGGAUGUGGAAUUGAACGUGAUAAAUAAGCGAUCGGAUGAACAGAGAGAAACGACGAAGCUUGCGAUGAAAAACGACGAGGGUAAUGAUGAGGAACGAUCGGGACUUGAACGAGACACUAACGAAAACGAGAGACAUAAUUUUGAUAGAACGAAUCGGUUUAGGGAUGACCUGGUGUUUCUCGACGCGGAUAUUAAUUUGAACGAAUUCGAAAUGAUUCCUAGUAGACCAGACAGCGAGGAUAAUUCAUUAGAUAACAGAUUAGAAGGGAAGGCCCUCAUCAUCGCUAGCAACAGCGAAGUACCGUCCGAAGAAACGAAUCUCAUAACGUAACGCUGAUCUCCAGUUUAUCCAAGGUAUUGCUUACUGAUAGGAUCUUUUCCUUUUUUGCUAAUAGGAGAGAGCUCAGUUCUUUCCGAUUUUGCUGAGACUUUACAGUAUUGUAUAUUUUUGUAAAAACACGAAUUUGUAAAUUAAAAUUAUCAUUCUUAAGUAGAAAAAAAAAUUACAGUGGAACCCUCUUCGUAGGGAGAGGAAGGAAGGAGAGAUUCGUAUUUCACGCACAAAAAUAUACAAAAUUGUAAAGUUUCUGCAAAAUCGAGAGGAUUUUCAAAAUUAUUACCUAAAAUUUAAGUAAAAAUUGACGAGACUCACCGAUACGAUAUGCGCAGCAGCGGAGUUGUAAACUGUAAAAUAAAAAUACAUGGAAAUUAUAAAUA